AUGAGCGCACGGGAACCGCUGCCUACUCGCAGGCCUACUCGCAGAAAUGCCGACCCUUCUACUAUGAUUGCUCGAGCAAAAGCCAAUGGCUAUGGUCAAGACGAUCAUGCAGAGGCUGACAAAGAGACUGGGGUUAAAAAGGAGUUAACAGUGGAGGAAUACGAACACUCUGUCCUUACCAAGGGUAGCGAGCUCCCUGAGCUCCACCAAUUAAAAGAUUUCUGGCAGUUUUUUAUAAACCAGUCAAAUAGUCAACUUGAUAAAGAACCGACGCCUGUCUCGCUCAGAACCUCUGCAAAACGGCUCAAGGCUGGACUUAAGUGUUUUACCGGGGCUGAAUUCAGCGACGAUGCUACAGCCGAGAUUAACCAUGUGAGCCGAAGUUAG